AUGGCGGGCGCCAUGUGCGCGAGAGGUGAGGAGGAAACCGAGCUCACGCCACACCACGGGAUUCCACCACCCCGACCCGGCAACAGGGAGGGGCAGAAAAACCACCACCUAUCCCCGCAGCCACAUGGGCAGAAUAUAAGCGACACAAAAGAUCCUAAUAAGCGGGACCUACCGCCAAACGAGCUACCCUCGCACUCACCUGCCACACAGCUUGCACCACCAACAUCCGAACAACGGCAUAACCAAGCGGCGGAUGCCGGGCCACCGGCGGGGUCUGACAUCAACCCCUGGACGAUCAACAGGGGCAGGCUAUACAACGAGCGUCCCAUGCCCGGGAGACACCGGCGAGGACCUUACAGAACAACGCGGAUGGAAUAUAUCAGGAAGCCUGCUCUGACGGACGUUCGCUCCCUGCCAUAUAAAAGUAGCAGAGCAGGUUUUAAAUACGGGACUCCCUCUGUCUAUGUGGGCUCGGGACCACCCUGA